GCGCAGCAGAACUAUUUGAGUGUUUGCUUCGCUGUCCUGUGCUCGCUUAAGCGUCUUUGGAGUUGACAUUUUGUAUGUUUUUUGUUGCAGUUUGGGACAUGAACGUACGUGCUUUCUGUGUAGGUGGCCCGGACUCUUCCCGCCCACUUUGAUGGAGAAGCAGUCGCCAUGGCUUAUUAUCCUUUCCAAGCUCAGCGACCAACCGUGCCCUUGCCCACCUUACUCUCCGCCGCACAGCCUACCUUCCACCCCGCGCUGUGCGCCCCGGACGUGGCGGCGUCCCGCGCGGAGGCUGAGCGCCAGCCGGUGGGCUCCGAGGCGGGGCUGCACGCUGCUCUGAGCCGACAGCACCAAGCCACCCCGCUGCGCCCCUUGAAGAACCUGAGCGACGACCCCAAAGUUACUCUGGAGUCCAAGGAUUUAUGGAACGAGUUUCACAAAAUGGGAACGGAGAUGGUUAUUACUAAAUCAGGAAGGAGGAUGUUCCCGGCUUUCAAAGUAAAGGUCACCGGCCUUGACAAAACAUCCAAGUACAUCCUGCUGAUGGACAUCGUCUCUGUCGAUGACUUCCGUUACAAGUUUCACAACUCCCGCUGGAUCGUCGCUGGGAAAGCCGACCCGGAGAUGCCGAAGCGCAUGUACAUCCAUCCCGACAGUCCGUCCAAGGGAGAGCAGUGGAUGAGCAAGCCCGUCGCCUUCCAUAAACUCAAACUCACCAACAAUAUAUCGGAUAAGCACGGAUUCACGAUUCUGAAUUCAAUGCAUAAAUACCAGCCCAGGUUCCACAUCGUGCGAGCCAACGACAUCAUGAAACUUCCGUACAGCACCUUCCUGACUUAUGUGUUCCCGGAGACGGAGUUCAUCGCUGUCACUGCUUACCAAAACGAGAAGAUUACGCAGCUAAAAAUCGACAACAACCCAUUCGCCAAAGGAUUCAGGGACACGGGCAAUGGAAGACGAGAAAAGAGGUCAGCCUCCUUGGACUUGAAUAAUCCUUUAAACAUAUCCCCGCUGCAUGAGAACAAAACAGACUGCGCCGAUUCAGACGACUCGUGGGAUCAGCCCGGUACCAGUGACCCAUUUUAUUCUCCUCAGCAAUCCUGGGCUGUGGCGUCCGUGCCAAACUGUCAAGAUGAGAACGCUGGAACCGAUUCAGAUAUUGAUCUACAAGGUGACGACGUGGGUGAGGUCAGCAGUUCUUGGGCUGAAUCUUCAUUCUUCAGUACGACGGACACAAAGGAUCCAGCGGUUUCGGCGGGGAUCGACUCCUCACGAAGCUCCAGGAGUAAAAACAAGGAUGGCCUGAAACAACUGCCUCUUUUGUCGCCGGAAGCGCAAAGCUCAUGGACACGCGGCACCGGACAUCUGCAGACUGCGGCUCGUUCGAGCAGCCAGCGCUGUUUUGAGCUUGGGCCACCUUUGCUGUUCCACCCAGGACAGUUGUCGGUGAAGACGGGGGCUUUUCACUCGAUGGGACAUCUUUUUUCCUCUUUCUCUGGAUUAAAUGACACAGAACACAGAUCGCAAAGCCCUGCCUCUCCAUCGCCAUUCAUGUUUCACCUGGCUCAGGGAAUCUCACUGCCACCGUUUGGAGGAUUGCUGUCCUACCCAUGGAGCUACAUGGCAUCACCGGCCGCCAUGACGGCCGCGCUCCCGACUGCUUCGACAACCUCAGCGUUCUUAAGGAACCGCUCUUUUCACAGCACCCUUCCGUGGUUGCGGAUCAGCCCUUAUCAGGUACCGGCGGCUGCCGCUUCAAGCCACAAGCCGCUGACAGCGAGUUCUAGCUCAACUAAAUCCGAACGGUACAAAUCGUACAGCCAAGAGUCCAGUCCGGUGUCUGACAAUCAGCAUGAUAACAAGGCCGGAAGCCAGCAGACUGAUCCGCUUGAAGUCAAAGCUUCCUCGGAGGAACUCAAGAGUGUACAAGAUGUUGGACUUGAUCAAUCAAUUCCACCACUGCUAUAAAUAUUUCUCCAUGUUCACCCAAGCGCAAUGAACACCCAUGAGUUCUGUGUUGCAGAUUUCAUGGACCAUCAGUGACAACACACCAUACGUUAUUUUUCAAAGCUCACUCAAAAGUAAAAAAGCACUAUAGUGUACAUAAGACUCCAGUUUUAAUUAUUAGGGCUGUCAAAAAUAACACUUUUACAGCAAUAACUCAUGUAUUCAGCUAAUUAUGUGACAUUUUUUGAGCGUGAUUAAUGCAUGCGCACUCCUCUCUGUUUGACGGCAGACGGAGGCACUGUGUGCCGUCCCCACCGUCACGCAGAGUCUGACACUAUUAUAACUUUAUUCCUACCUUAACACAUCAACAGCAGUGCUCAAUUCCAGCUCCAUGUACUGUAUGUAUGUCCAACCCACAAGCACGUCUCUCCGUCCCUCCUCACUACACCACUUCCUCAUUCUCACCACACUACCGCGAGGUGCAUGCACUGACACUCACAUCAUGACAUUAAGUGUGAUUCAAAUGUUGUGCCACUAGAGACUAGUGUUUUGAGAUAUGUGCCUGUCUUUUAGCUUGAUUUACAUUUUCAGAUCACGUGGAGCUGCUGGUGCAUAUAUUGUCCUGUCCUGUCUUUUUUCUAAUAAAAUACAGUCAAAGUUGGCAUAUUUCAGACAUUUUUGCAAAAGGUGAUUAAUCACAGUUAAUUAGUUUGAAAACUGCAAUCAUUCUGAGUAAAAAAUGUAAUCAUUUGACCAACCUAAUACAGUAAAGAAUUGGCAUAUUUCAGACAUACAUGUAGUUACAAAUGAUGAUUAAUCAUGAUUAAUUCAUUUGAAAACUUUAAAAAUUUGAAUCAUUGGACAGCCCAAAUACAAACAUAUAUAAUCCUGUCCUGUCAUUUAUGUAUCCGGUUCAUAAAAUACAGUAAAAAAUGACAGAUUUCUGGCAUAGUUGCAAAUGGUGAUUAGUCACAAUUAAUUGAUUUAAAAACUGCAAUAGUCAUCGUAAAAAUUGUAAUCAUUUGACAGCCCAAAUACAAAUAUAUAUAAUCCUGUCCUGUCCUGUCAUUUAUCCUUCUGUUGAGAAAAUACAGUAAAAAUGGACAUAUUUCAGACAUAGUCGCAAAUGGUGAUUAAUCACAAUUAAUUAAUUCAUUUGAAAACUGCGGUAGUGUGUGUAAAAACUGUAAUCAUUUGACAGCCCUAAUGCAAAUAUGUAUAAUCAUUUCUGACCCUUUUAUCUUUCCGACAUAGAGUAUGUAGUUGCAAAUGCUGAUUAAUCAUUAUUAAUUAAUUUUAACAACUGUAAAAUAAAAAGGUUUGACAGUUGGCAGCCCUAAUUGAGACAUAAUAACCUGUUAUUUAUCCUUCUGUUGAAAUAAUACAGUACAAAUUGCAAUAUUUAGACAUAGUUGAAAAUGACGAUUAAUCAUGAUUAAUUAAUUUGAAAACAGUAAUCUAAGUAAACAUUUGAACCAUUUGACAGCCUUAAUAUAAAUAUAUAUGCCUGUCAUGUAAUUUAUUUUUCUGUAAAUAAAAUACAGUGAAAAUGAGCAUAGUUGAGAUAUAGUUGCAAACGGUGAUUAAUCAUGAUUCAUUUAUUUGAAAACUGUGAUUCACCUGAUUUGACAGCCCUAAUAAUGAAAUUUUUUUUGUCAUUCUGCACUCUUAGCAGCCUCCACUCUUGUGUGAAGACUUUCUACAAGAUUUCUGAAACAUUUGAGGGAAUCUUUCAGACCAUUCAUGAGGUCAGUGAGGGCCUCACCGUAAUUGUCGCAUGCAACUGUGUGCAGACGGUGGAGGUAUCUGAGGUAAAAGGUUCAUUAGGUCGCAUCAUGUACAUAACAGCCUCUUGCAGCUUUCUGGAUCAAUCCAAAGCAAGUAUCAGGACCUCUUCCCUCAGGUCUCAAAAAGACGAGUCGUCUUAUAUUUGGGGUCUAGAGAUUUAUGCCUGCAAGUUUUAUACAUUUAGUCCUGCCAUUUCAGUGUCACAAAUGAGAGGGAAAAGGGCACUAUGUGUCAUGCCCAUAAGAUGCAGGUUUUUUGGAACAUUUUGUACAAUGAUGUAAAUAUUUGUAUUCUUUAAUUUCACAUAAUAAUGUUAUUAUAACACAGCAACCACUGCAAGCGAUCAUUGCUGAAACUGCCAAAGAAUUGCGAGGACACUUGUACACAUUGUUUUGAGCAGCACUGUGCACUCAAAGGCAAACUCAGGCGACUUUUUCUGUGUGUGUGUGUUUCACAAAUAAA